AUGAGCUCUAUUGAUGAGAAGCCUCUUUCAUGGUUCAUCAGACUGAUUCAUGAUACUUGCAUUCAUUUGAAUAAAUCUAUGUUGCUCCUCUGCUUAUUCCACUCUAAUUCUACAAUGAGCUCUAUUGAUGAGAAGCCUCUUUCAUGGUUCAUCAGACUGAUUCAUGAUACUUGCAUUCAUUUGAAUAAAUCUAUGUUGCUCCUCUGCUUAUUCCACUCUAAUUCUACAAUGAGCUCUAUUGAUGAGAAGCCUCUUUCAUGGUUCAUCAGACUGAUUCAUGAUACUUGCAUUCAUUUGAAUAAAUCUAUGUUGCUCCUCUGCUUAUUCCACUUUAAUUCUACAAUGAGCUCUAUUGAUGAGAAGCCUCUUUCAUGGUUCAUCAGACUGAUUCAUGAUACUUGCAUUCAUUUGAAUAAAUCUAUGUUGCUCCUCUGCUUAUUCCACUCAUGGUUCAUCAAUUCUACAAUGAGCUCUAUUGAUGAGAAGCCUUCUUUCAUGGUUCAUCAGACUGAUUCAUGA